CUAUGGAGAGGUGGAGAGCUCUCUUGCUGCUGAUUUACAGUCUCUGGGUGGAAACUGAGCUUCAUCUGGGUGGCUUUGGGCUGAUACAUCACCUGUAUCAGUCUCAGAUGGAUUUAACAUUGACAUAACAAAUCCUGAGAUGUUUGUGGGGGAUGGAGAAGGUUAUUUCGGUUACAGAGUUCUACAAUAUCAGUCCAAACUGCAGAAUCAGGUCAUAGUUAGUGCGCCAUUAAGAGGAAACCAAAACAAAUCAGGAGCAAUUUUCAGCUGCUCCCUGAAAACAAAAGAAUGCCAGCUGCUGUACCAACAAGAUACAGAUGGCAUCAGAUUUUUUGGGAUGUCCUUGGCAGUGAAGCCCACACCUCCUACUGGCCUGAUUAGCUGCAGUCCCAGUCUCACUCAUGAAUGUAAUGGAAACUCGUAUCUGAACAGCAUCUGUUACGAGUUCAACCGCGAACUGGACACUGUCACCAACAGCACAGUUGCGUUCCAAGAGUGCACAAAAGAUUUGGUGAACCUGGUCUUCCUGUUUGAUGGUUCUAGUAGUAUGAAGAGUGAUGAUUUUAAGAUGAAUAAGGACUUUAUAUGGGAUGUCAUGUCAAACCUUAAAAACUCAUCCAUUCAGUUUGCUGCUGCCCAGUUUUCUGAAACUACUCGGACUGUUUUCACCUUUAAAGAUUACAUGGAUGGCACAGCAAAGAAAAAACUUGAUGAUGAGAAACAUAUGCAAGAUAUCACAAACACAUAUGACGCUAUUGGCUAUGUACUACAACAUCUCUUUAAUAAUGUAACUUCUGGGGUGACUCCUGAGGCUACAAAAGCACUAGUCAUCAUCACUGAUGGGAGCCCUAGUGAUGAACACUCUCAAAAAAACAAUAAACAAAAUGUUCUAGAGAAAUGUGAGGAGCAGAGCAUCCAACGUUAUAUUAUAGGGGUUGGGCAAGUGAAGUUGAACAAACUUACCGCACUUGCCUCAGAGCCCAAAAAAGAGAAUACAUUUAUGAUUAAAAACUACAGUGGACUAAAGGGCCUUUUGGAUAACUUGCAAAACAAGAUCUACAACAUUGAAGGAGAGCAGAGAGGAGUGAGCAGGAACUUGGUCAAGGAGUUGUCUCAAAGUGGAUUCAGCGCAGCCUACAAUGAGGACUUGCUAUUUUUGGGAGCGGUUGGAUCUAAUAACUGGCGUGGAAUACUUUAUGGCGUAACGGGAUCUGGAGCUGAAACCAGAGAAAUAGAAAUCACAGACCCAGAGCUGAAUGAAGACUCCUACAUGGGUUACUCGCUAGUGGUUGGGGAGAAAGGUGGAGUUUCUCUGCUAUUUUCUGGGGCUCCAAGAGCCAAUCACAGAGGUCAAGUGACUCUCUUCAGUAAACAGAAUGACACGUGGAACAUCAUGACCAGAGUCAUUGGAGAACAGAUUGGCUCGUACUUCGGGGCAUCUCUGUGUUUGUUAGACGUGGACGCUAAUGGUGACACUGAUUUCCUUGUGGUUGGAGCACCUCUGUACUAUCAGGCUCAUCCUCAGAGAGAGGGCAUGAUGUACAUCUACAGCCUCACACAACAGCUGAAGCUGGUGACAGUGCAAGAAGUGUGUGAGUGUGUUCAGGGACGGUUUGGGACAUCCAUGGCACCGAUAGCAGAUCUGAAUGGAGAUGAGCUGCAGGAUUUAACUGUUGGAGCUCCACUUGAGGAUGAUGGGAGAGGAGCAGUGUACAUCUACCUCGGCAACCGCACACAGGGCAUACGCCCCCAGUACAGCCAGCGAAUCCCAGCACAGACCCUCUCUGAGAAGCUGCAGCAGUUUGGUUUGGCAAUUGAUGGAGUCAUGGACAUGAGUGGAGAUAGACUGAACGACAUCACUGUGGGAGCACGAGGGAUGGUUGUGCUUUUAAUGGCUAGGCCAGUUCUGUCUGUUUCUGCAAAGCUCAGUUUCUCCCCCUCUGAAAUCAGUCUCAACAACUUCGACUGCAUUCUCAGAACUGAAACUACAUUUCCCAUAAUUACCCUCACCACCUGCUUCACCAUGGCAGAGAGCACCAACAGCACAGGUGAUGCAAACCUUAGUCUGAAUAUAUCAUUUAGGCUCACUGCAGAUGCUGUGAGACAGGACAGUCGAGCAUUUUUUGAACAGACCAUUAAAACAUCCAGGAGUCUCCUACAGUCUGUGCUGCUCAGUUCACAACAUUCCUGCUUCAACAACACAGUCUACAUGCUGAACUGUGUGAAGGACACUUUGUCUCCAUUAUUGAUCCGGAUGAAUUUCUCCCAGGUUGAACAGCAACCAGGCAGCUCCCGUGCUGUUCUUAACAUGGACAGCAGGACAAUGGCUUAUGUGGAGGUUCCCUUUCAAAGAAACUGUCGUGAGAAUGUGAGCUGUGAAGCAGAUCUAGAGCUGGACUUUAAAUUCAUGAACAGCUCACUGCUUGUGGUGGAUCAGGCUUAUUUCAUCAUCACUGUGUCUCUGCUGAAUAAAGGAGACGAUUCCUUCAACACCAGUAUUGUGCUACACUAUCCUCCUGGGCUCUCACUCUCCAAGUUUGAGACCAUUAAGGCCAAUAGGAGGACCCUGACCAGUUGUGGAGAUCGGGAUGAUGGAGCACUGAAUAAAACCACCUGCAGUAUCAGUCGACCAGUGUACCGCAGCAAGACCAACGCAACUUUCCAGGGCAUUUUUCGUAUCUCUCGAUUCUACAACUGGAAUGAUACACUGGAGAUGACCCUUGUGGCCAGCAGUGAUAACAAUCGUAACUUCUCUCAUGGAUCAGUGAGGAAAAUUCUGCCAGUUCAGUAUGCUGUGGACUUGAGUGUUAGCUUUGUACCAGAGCUCUCUAAAGUAUAUCUGCCUUUCACUCUUGAAGACAGGGGCCCAAAGCCUGUCAUCAUCAUCUACAGCGUGAAGAAUCUGGGACUGAAGGGUUUGCCUGUUUCAUUAAGUUUCUUAAUGCCAUCUCAGAUCAGUCAAAACUUCACUCUAAACAAACACACCAUCAGUGUGUCACAGAACAUGAAUAACUGUAGCAUCAUAAUGGAACCUUCCUCUAUUUGUUCAAUGUGGAUAAGCUGUGUAAGGUUCCAGUGUGCUUUCUCCUCUCUGGAGCCAGAAUCUGAUGUUCAGUUUGAGUUGAGAGCUGACCUUACUUUCCACAAUCUGCAGAACUACACUGGGAGAUGGUCUUUCCAUGAGUUCAGGUUGGAGGAUGUCUUUUCUCCCUACGCUAAGUUGGGCUUUGAUCAAAAUCACUAUACUCAGAUAUCCAGCGGCCCAGCGGAUGAUCCUUCCAAAGGCCACAAAGCAGAGGUCAGUGUGAGAAUUGAGAUGGUUGUUCCACCUGAUAUGAUUAUGAUUUGGAGCUGUGGGGGAGGGGGUGGAUUCCUUCUGCUCAUCAUCAUCACAGUGCUGCUGUUGAAGUGUGGAUUCUUUAAACGCAAGGGACCAUACUCAAUGUGUUACGAAAAAGAACAGGAAGGUGGAAAGGAAGGACAGCUCGGGGAAGGAGACAUGUGUGGGGAAGGUGGGGUGGAGACUGGCCCUGGAGUGGGGCAUGAUGGGAAGGAAGAUGUGUGUAGUACUAACUCCAAUGGAACGGCAAAGGAUCUGUCACCAGCACGUGAAGGACAACCUCUCAUCGCUUCUGGAGAAACAGAAAAGGAAGAAAUAAAAAAUAACAAUGCAGCGAAGGAAAAAUGCCAAGAGUAAGGAGUGUAACACACACAGCGGUGUGGAAGUGUUUGCCCGUUCCUGGUAUUUUCUUUAUUUGCAUGUUUGUCACACUUAAAUGUUUCAGAUCAUCAAACAAAUUUCAGUAUUAGACAAAGAUAA